AUGACUCAAAAAGUCACCGGGUUCAUCCUCUAUACACCGGACGGAUACAUGUCGGCUCAGAUGCUCAUUCCUGGACAAAAGACCUUCAAGCGAGGAGAGGGCGAAGAGCCGCAGUGGGCGGAGGCCGGUAAACGCUGUUUCGCGUAUUGUGGUCCAUACUACAUUAGCAACGAGGGUCCUGGCCGAGAAGAAGUCCUGCGACACACAUUCCAGUGUUGUAGUCUGCCCGGCUGGAUCGGAGAUAUUCAAGUCAGAACUCAUCGGUUUGAAGAGGAUGGACAGGUUUUGGUACUAGGGAGCGAGGAGCCCACUGAGAUCAAGGGAGACAGAAGAGUCCCGGUGCUGAAAUGGAGGCGGGUGAAAGACAAUUCUCACGAAUCGCCUCCUGCGCCUACACCACGGAUCAAGAUCAGUGGACCUGGCGAGCCUUGA